AUAGCCCAAUCUUUUAGAAUGAGCAGGCCCAGAGAUUCAGGAUUGGGCUGCUUCUCAUAGCUAAAUCGGGCCGGAGAGAGCCCGCUUCAGUUGCCGCUCAAUCUUCGCCUCUCUCUCUCUCUCUCUUUCUCUCUCUGGGGUAAUACAGCGACUCUGCUCUGGUGCUUCAAUUUUGAGUUUGAGCUUAUCGAUGGAGGAUCCUAAGUUGUUGGUUUGUUUGUUGCAGCACUUUUCAUCAAAUAAGAUCAUAGUGAAAGACGAUACCUUUAUAAUUGUCCUUGAACUCCCUGAAGAUGAUCCCUUUUUUGAUAAAAAAAAGAAACUACUGUGUGAUAAGGGUUUUGAUAUCAAGGAACAGAUACAGCUCCAGAGCUCAUUUUCCCUUGAUUCAGUUGCCACCACCUUACGAAAGAUACUUCAUAUAGCAAGGAUCAUACACUUAGAUGAGGUAGAACUUUAUUUUGGUGAAAAUGAUGAAUGUUCAUCAGUGGAGUACUGUAGCCUCAGGAAUGAGGUGGAAGCCCUCAAUUCAAUUGCAGCACUUCUUGACGGCAUGCUCUCUAGUAAAACACACAGAGAAAUGAAUGUCUUGCAAACCUUGCGAGAUGCAGUUGUUGAUAGGAUUGAAAACUCAAUGGAAGAUAACAGAGUGGAAACUAGAAUAGAUAAGAGCUACAGUUGCGACAUAGAAAAAAGCAUAGCAGAAUGGGGCCAAAGAAAUGGCGUACACUCACGAUUGGAGAUAGUUUAUGUUGAAGGUGCUGGUAGAGGAGCCAUUGCAACAGAAGAUCUGAAAGUUGGAGAUAUUGCUUUGGAGAUCCCUGUAUCUAUUAUAAUUUCUGAGGAGCUUGUGCGUCAUUCUGACAUGUAUCAUAUAUUGGAGAAGAUUGAUGGGAUUUCCUCUGAGACAAUGUUGUUACUGUGGAGCAUGAAGGAGAGGCACAACUGUAAUUCGAAAUCCAAGAUUUACUUUGAUACUCUACCAAAAGAAUUUAAUACAGGGCUGAGCUUUGGAGUUGAUGCAAUCAUGGCUUCAGAUGGAACCUUGCUGUUUGACGAGAUUAUGCAAGCAAAAGAGCACCUGCGUGUUCAAUACGAUGAGUUAGUUUCUGCACUAUGCAAUAAUUACCCUGAUGUAUUUCCACCAGAGCUCUAUACAUGGGAGCAGUUCUUAUGGGCUUGUGAACUCUGGUACUCCAAUAGCAUGAAAAUUAAGUUUCUUGAUGGAAAGCUAAGAACUUGCUUGAUUCCUAUUGCUGGAUUUCUCAACCAUUCGCUCCAUCCACAUAUCAUUCACUAUGGCAAAGUAGAUUCUAUUACAAAUACAUUGAAGUUCCCACUGUCAAGGCCUUGCCGUGUUGGAGAACAAUGCUGUCUUAGCUAUGGGAACUUCUCUGGUGCACAUCUAAUUACAUUCUAUGGUUUCUUACCACAAGGAGACAAUCGAUAUGAUAUAAUUCCAUUGGAUAUUGAUGCUGGUGAGGCUGAUUCCACUGAGGAUUGCCCCAUGUCCAGCUGGGCUACUCAUAUGGUUCGUGGUACUUGGCUCUCUAAGAACCAUAAUAUAUUCUGUUAUGGCUUGCCAUGUCCAUUGCUAGAUUUAUUCCGGAGAGCUCGGGUUCCUAUGCCAUACACUAAAACCAUAACACAAUCAAACUUGGAAAUUGAAAUGGAAAUCCUGGAAGACCUGCAGUCAACUUUCAGUAACAUGAUGGAGAAUCUUGGUGACCCGGAUCUUGUUGACAGAGAAAACACUAGUUGGGAUGUUAAGCUGGCAUUGGACUUUAAAGAUCUGCAGAGAAGGAUUGUCUCCUCAAUUUUAACUUCAUGUGAUGCUGGUUUCAAGUUGGUACAAAAUGAAUUAUCCAAGUGCAUGGCUGAGGAGUGAGCUGGCUUUUAAGCAUUACAAGCAUCUGCAUACUCGAACGGUCGCCCCAAAGUAAGCCAUGGAUAUUUAAAUCAUAUUAUGCUAGAGCAGACUUUGAUAUAAACUUUUUGUAGCAGGAUGACUCUUUUUUUGGUUUUGACAAGAAUGACAUAUAAUAAUUGAAUUGUAGCAGGAUUAUUUAUGCUGCAAUGGCAUGUAUAUUUAAAUUAUUGCAUGUCAGAGCAGAUUUUGAUAUAAACUUUUUGUAGUAGGAUAA